AUGCGGCAGUUUGAAGUUGAUGAUUUUGUUUAUCUACAAAAGCAUCCCAAUGAUACACUGGACACUUCUACUAGUUGCACCAUUUUGCGUCUAAAGACAAUCAGGACUUCAAGCGUGCUAGAGUUGCAAGGAACAGGAAAACGCAUCAGUAAAAAGCACUCCAAAAACUACGCAUCAUGGCAUUUGCCUAACUUGAAUCCUACCAUCGUUACCUACACAUGCAUUUCUCCGCUUGAUCAUGCGUGUCAAGUAUGUGAAAGUAUAGAUGAUGUUGAUCAGAUGCUGUUAUGCGACAAUUGCAAAGCAAAUUAUCAAAUGUUUUGCCUUACACUGGAGCUCACACAAGUUCCGUUAAGCUUCUGA